GUUUAUUUCCGGAACAUGCGUAUGUAUCUCAUUCCAAAAUCUAUCUCCCAUUAAUGUUCUAAGAACUACAGUCACAUUGUUUUGAAGAAUUAAUUCAUCCAAUUUGAAAUGGCUUCUACUGGGGCUAGCAGUGGACGCCCGUCCGGCUCCUCCAGUUCCUCUAGCUCUUCCAGUAGCACUGACCCACUUAUAGCGUCAGGAUUGCUCUGUCAAAUGAAGGACAGAGAAAAAUACAUAGAGACAUUCAAUUUCCCUUAUUGUGAUGACGUGGUAAAAUACGAAAAGGUCGCCAAAAUCGGACAGGGAACUUUUGGUGAGGUCUUUAAGGCAAGAGACAGGAAAAACAUGAAGAAAUUUGUGGCUCUAAAAAAGGUGCUGAUGGAAAAUGAGAAAGAAGGAUUCCCAAUCACGGCCUUGAGAGAGCUGAAAAUCCUGCAACUUCUCAAGCAUGAGAAUGUUGUGAACCUCAUCGAGAUAUGCCGCACAAGACCAUCCCAACACAACAAAUACAAAUCCACCUUCUACCUGGUUUUUGACUUUUGCGAGCAUGACCUUGCUGGUCUUCUCUCAAAUGUCAACGUCAAAUUUAGCUUGGGCGAAAUAAAAAAGGUGAUGCAACAGUUGUUGAAUGGACUCUAUUACAUCCACAGCAACAAGAUACUUCACAGAGACAUGAAGGCUGCAAAUGUUCUUAUAACCAAAAAUGGCAUUCUAAAAUUAGCCGAUUUUGGAUUGGCUAGAGCGUUCAGUGUCUCUAAAACAGGACAGCAAAACAGAUACACAAAUCGUGUGGUGACCUUAUGGUAUCGCCCGCCUGAACUGCUGCUUGGAGACCGAAAUUAUGGUCCUCCUGUGGACCUAUGGGGAGCUGGAUGUAUAAUGGCUGAAAUGUGGACCAGGAGCCCCAUAAUGCAGGGGAAUACUGAAAUACAGCAGCUCACUCUCAUCUGCCAGCUCUGUGGCUCCAUCACAACUGAUGUUUGGCCUGGUGUUGAAUCGCUAGAAUUGUUCAACAAAGUCGAGUUGCCGCGUGGCCAAAAGCGCAAGGUCAAAGAACGCCUAAAGCCGUACGUGAAGGACCCUUACGCAUGUGACCUACUGGACAGGCUAUUGAUGCUAGAUCCAAAGAAGCGAGCCGACAGCGACGCUGCUUUGAAUCACGAUUUCUUCUGGACAGAUCCAAUGCCAACUGACUUGUCUAAAAUGCUAGCUCAGCACACACAGAGCAUGUUUGAAUAUCUCGCGCCACCUCGCAGACCUGGGCACAUGCGGGCUGCCCAUUCGCAACAAAUGGCCCAGGCAAAACCUUCAAGCACCCUUGAUGGCGGCUUCCAAGAUAGAGUAUUUUGACUCUAAUGCGGUUAAAAUAACCUGAGUGCGAGAUUUUAAAGAAACUUCUUUUGCCUUAAAAUCAUGGCGCAGAGUCUACUCCUUUCUCAAACCAAAUUAAUUGAUAUCAAAUUUGUCCUUGCAUUCCAUUAUUUUUUAAUUUACGUAACAAUUUCUUUACUGAGCAAGGCACUCUUGCUCCAACCACAGGUGGCAGCAAGCCAUGUGAACUAAAUAAUGCUGCAAAGUAAUAACAAUGAACGUUACGCGACACAAGGUUUGAGUUUGAUCCUUUUCAAUAAACCACUGUUGCCCCUGCAUUGGGGGUCUUAUCAAAAUGCUAAACGUGAUGUAAUCGCACGUAUGACAUCCAGUGGUAAACCAGAAAGCAGAGAUACUUUCACAUUUUCCCAUAUCUGAAUGGGCUUAAGUUGGCAAUGUAAAGUGAGUCAGUAGGCAUUCAGCCCCUAAACAAAAUGAGCUAACAGCUUGAUCAAUUAUUGAUUGAGACUCAUCCAAACCAUUCCAAUCAUUGCUUGGGUUAGGAACGCUCUCUGUCAGUUACUGAUCCUGCCAUGUUUCUAGAGGUUAGUUAAAGAGACCAUGUAAUUAUUUGUAUAAUUAAAACUUGGCAUUCAAACAAAAAAAAA